GAAUUAUGCCAUUUGUAAGAAAAUUAGUACCCUUAAAGGAGUCCGGGAAUUGAAAAGUUGCAUUCAUUCUGCAAAACCUUGCCUUGAAAAUUUUAAUUUUUUGCUUCUAUUUUACCACAAUUCCGCAAAUGGAAUGUGUGAUUGCAUGCCUGAGUUCAGCAGUAUCAUCGUUUUCUGAACAUCUCUGUGGCUUGAUCUGCUCCAAAGUUGGGAAUCCCUUCACGUUCAAGUCUAAUUAUAGUCAUCUGCAACAGGAGCUGCAACGUCUAAACGAUCUGAAAUCCACAGUGGAAAGGGACCACGAUGAAUCGGUUCCAGGAGUAAAUGACUGGUGGAGAAACGUUGAAGAAACUGGCUGUAAAGUGAGACCGAUGCAAGCAAAGAUAGAAGCCAACAAAGAGAGGUGUUGUGGUGGCUUCAAAAAUCUCUUUCUGCAAAGCAGGGAAGUGGCAGAGGCACUGAAGGAGGUGCGAGGACUUGAGGAACGUGGAAAUUGCCUUGCCAAUUUGCUGGCUGCCAGUCGUCAAGCAAGAGCAGUGGAGCAUAGGCCUGUGGAAUCAAUUGAUCAUCAACCAGCAGCAUCCAAAAAUUUUGCCACAAUUAUGAAUCUGCUGAAUGACGAUACAGUUAGAACAAUAGGGGUUUGGGGUCUGGGAGGAAUAGGCAAAACUACUCUGGUUAAGAAUUUGAACAACAUGCUUAAGGAUGCUUCUUCAACUACUCCACCUUUUAGCAUUGUCAUAUGGAUCACCGUGUCCAGGGAGUGGGACCUCAAUAGCAUCCAGGUACAAAUCGCUCAGAGAUUGAAAAUGGAAGAGAAAACCAAAGAAAGCCCCGAGAGUCUGGCUGCCAGAAUCUGUGAAAGACUGAAGAGGGAAGAAAAGUCUCUCCUCCUUCUAGAUGAUGUUUGGAAGGAAAUUGAUUUGGAUGCUUUGGGUAUUCCCCGACCUGAAGACCACGCGGCUUGUAAAAUCAUAUUGACAACCAGAUUUUUAAAUGUUUGCCGAGGGAUGAAAACAGACAGAGAGAUUCCCAUUCAUGUCCUAAACGAUGAUGAAGCUUGGGAAUUGUUCUGUAAAAAUGCAGGGGAGGCAGCCAUUUUAGAAGACGUUGAAACAGUUGCGAGGGCAAUAACUAAGGAGUGUGGAGGAUUGCCCUUAGCAAUAAAUGUGAUGGGAACAUCCAUGAGAAAGAAGACUAGUAAAGACCUGUGGGAGUUUGCAUUGACGGAGCUGCGAAGGUCAGUGCCGCAUAACAUCUACGGGGUAGAGGAGAGGGUUUACAAGCCUUUAAAGUGGAGUUAUGAUUCCUUGCAAGGCCUUUUAGAUGUAGAUGAACAACAAAGCUAUGAGGAUAUCUACAAAAGUGGAGUUGCCUUAGUUGAAAAUCUCAAGGAUUGUUGUUUGCUGGAAAGUGGUGAUGGUGGCAGAAGCCGCACUGUGAAGAUGCAUGAUGUAGUUCGUGAUGUUGCGAUUUGGAUUGCAUCCUCCUCAGAGGAUGAAUGUAAAUCUCUUGUUCAAUCCGGAAUUGGAUUGAGCAAAUUCCCAGAGUCCAGAUUGACACCAUCUUUGAAGAGAAUUUCUUUCAUGAGAAAUAAAAUAACAUGGCUGCCAGAUAGUCAGAGCUCGGAGGCCUCCACUUUGCUUUUACAAAAUAAUUACAAACUUGAGAUAGUUCCUGAGGCAUUCCUGCUCGGAUUUCAAGCACUCAGGGUCUUGAAUCUAAGUAAUACCAACAUCCAGCGAUUGCCUCUUUCCUUCAUCCACCUUGGUGAACUUCGUGCCCUUUUAUUAAGCCAAUGUCGUAGGCUCAAUGAAUUACCCCCUGUGGGGCGGCUUAGUAAACUACAAGUGCUGGAUUGCAGUGGGAGUGUUAUCAAGAAAUUGCCAGAAGGGAUGGAGCAGUUGAGCAACUUACGGGAAUUAAAUUUGUCAGGCACUCUGCUGUUGAAAACCAUCCGAGCUGGAUUGGUAUCAAGGCUGUCUGGUUUAGAGAUUCUGGACAUGAGUGACAGUUACUGUAGACGGGGUCUGAAGACACAGGCAAACGAGGGAAACGCAGCACUACUUGAGGAGCUAGGAUGUCUGGAGCGAUUAAUUGUUUUAAUGGUGGACUUGAAUGGCACCACACAUCCCUUUUCGGAAGAUGCUCCUUGGAUGGAAAGGUUGAAAAGCUUCAGAAUUAGGGUAUCUGGAGUUCAUGACGAAAUUACUGAUUCUCUUAUGACCCGUGAUAAUCAGAAGUCUUUCGCACUGUAUGAAAAAAAUCGAAUCACGGAUUGUUUAAGGAAUGAAGAUGGAAAAUUUGAGGAAAGAAAGCUUAUAUUUGUGCGAUCGGAUCUGUCAGGCAAAUGGAAUGAAUGGUUGUUGUUAACACGUGCAGCCGUUCUUCAACUGAAAUCGUGCACGGGGUUAAAUAAUCUGUUUGAUAGUGUUGGUGGCUUUGUUUGUCUCAAGUCACUUUCUAUUAUGGAUUCCAACGUCAGUUUUAAGCCAACAGGAGGAUGUCUUUCCCCAAAUGACCAACUUCCAAAUCUAGAGGAACUUAACCUCAUGGAUCUCCAUAGCCUAGAGAGCAUUUCAGAAUUAGUUCGGAGUCUUGGACUCAAAUUCUCAAGGCUAAAAGUAAUGACGGUGCUCUUUUGUCCGAAACUAAAAUAUCUUCUCUCUUGUGAUGAUUUUACUCAACCCUUGGAAAAGCUGAAACUAAUUUACUUAGUCCACUGUUCCGAUUUGAGUGAUAUGUUCAUUUACAGUUCAGGGCAGACCUCAAUGCCAUAUCCCGUUGCUCCAAACUUGCAGAAAAUAGCGUUAUCAGGGCUUCCCAACUUGAAGACUUUAAGCAGACAAGAAGAAACAUGGCAACAUCUAGAGCAUAUUUAUGUGAGAGAGUGUAGAAAUCUGAAGAAGCUACCUUUGAAUGAGCGAAGUGCAAAUAAAAUGUGUCACAAGAAAAUGCAACUGAUUGUGUUCAGGGCAAAAAAAUAA